AUGUGUUACAGUUAUGAAGUUAUCGGACCUGAAAAUAAAUCGACAGCCUUUAGAUCGUUCUCGAACAAGAGAAAGGUAACUAGUUUAAUUGAAGAAGCCGAAAAAGUCAAAGUUGAUUCAAUGGAAGGUGAAGCUGAUGAUGGUCGAUACAUUGAAUUAGAUUUGCUAAUACCUUCCGGUGAAAACGAUGAACAAUUGAAACUUCCAGUCAAUUUUUCAGGCUCAUCAUCUGAGAAUGAAGAUUCAUCUUCAGAAUCAGAAAGCGAAUUUCGUGAAGUAAUAAUGCCAUCUCCAGUUAGACUUAGUUCAGCAGUUUCACCUCCUUGUACAUCUCGCAAACUUAUUGAAGAACUAAAAUCUGUUUGUACUGAUGAUUGUAUAAUAUAA